UACAAAUCUAACCUAAUGAUCGGAAACCUGCUGAUAAUAAUUAAACAAACAUGGGAGAGAUCAAUCCACUGAGUAUAAUUUUGGUAAAAAGUGACAGCAAGGGUGACAGGUUGUUAUUUCGGUAUCCACACAUGACAAAUCAUGUGAGAGACCCGAGCCAAUGCACCAGACGAAAGAAUCCUUAUUCUCUAACCAACACUGAGGACUUAUUGCAGUCCUUACCAUUUCCAACAUCAAACAUAAGCAAUGGGAAUUUGACUGGCUUGACAGAUGGAGUACUGUCUACUUUAUUCGCUGUUAAACCGGAGUUAUGCGAACAAAAAUUCGAAUUGAAGGUAAACGAUGUUCGUUUUGUCGGACAUCCAACUCUGGUCCCAUCUCGAGGUUUAAAAGAAGUAAAUUCUUCUAUGCUGUUCAAUAUAGUCUUUGCGUUGCAAGCACAAGCCAGUCAUUCCAUAGUAAGGUGUUACUAUGAUUUGAGCAAAAGAUUAGGCAUAGCAUUGAGGCAUGAGGAGAAGAGAUGCGGCUUUCUAACAGAUGAAAUCAAGAUGAUGGUGUCAACUCACGAUGAGGUUGCUGGGAGAUCUGAAGGUGAGAGCGAUUGUGACGAAUCACCGUACGAGUUGAUACUUCAAAGAAGCUCACUCGCGCGUGGUUUGAAAUUUGUGUUCAGUAAUCUCAGCACUUCUGGUAUAGUGAAUAUCAUGAUAAAUAAAUGGAUUCAAGUGCGCUUCUGUCUUCCUCAAAAGGUUCACCAGUCGCAUAAGAAAGGCUUACUCAUUGAUCCUGAAAUUAUAGACAGAUGCUUGAACAGUUUAAGACCCUAUCAUGGCAUACUUUUACUAAUCGAGCCAUUGGACUUGUUAGAUUCUUUGCAAAUAGACUGUUCGCCAGCACUUAAGCGUUUGAUUCAGAUCUACAAUCCACUGAAAAGUUUGCAAACUUUAGCGGCAGAUUCGGAUCUAACACUCGCACAAGUGUUCCAGUUAACUGGCCACUUGGUUUAUUGGGCAAAGGCAACGAUAAUUUAUCCACUUUGUGAAAGCAACGUCUAUGUUGUUUCUCCGGAUGCCGUUUUGACCAAUCACUUAUUAGACUCUUUCUCGGAACAAUUUCCAGGAGUCUGCUUACUUCAAGUGAUCAGCGAUUUCUCCUUACCGACUUCUAUUAGCCAAAAGUUAAAUCCUCUGAGCCAACCACAACAACAAACACAACUAGUAAAAAUAAUCAUAUGGUUGUUAAGGAAUCACUUGCUCUUACAAUUACACACAUACGUGCAAUAUAUGCCAACAGUGCAUGGACGUUUAUCAAUGGAUCUAAAGGAUCAAGACACGCACGACAUAGACACGAUAGAAAAGAGCGAGAGCACGUGGAGUUUGAACGACACACCGAAAGGCACACCUACCGAAAUCAAGGAAGAAUUAUCACUGACAGAUAAAGAGGAUGGACUGUACGACUACCAAUCGGAAGACUACGAUAUUCCCUCCGACGACAGAAAACUACUCGAUAGACUGUGUCGCCUUGGCUAUUUCAAUGGCGGCCAUCACCUGGAGGAAAUCAUGUAUCUGGAAAACAUUCGUAGAUCCCAGUUGUUGCAAAUUCUCGACAAGUUCCGAGACGUCCUAAUCACUUCCGAAUGCGAGGAUCCGGCUAUCGCUCUCUUUUACAGUCAACUCGGUUCUUAGUUUCAACGGUGCAGCACGUUCAUCGUUACAUCGUUUUCGCUUUCGUUUUCACACUCGUCGCAAGCAAAUUGUCGCACUAGUCAGUUCUCACGCCUGUUCAGAUGAAAAACUUGUGCGUUACAAAAAAUUUUAUUUAUCUUUCGACAAUUUUCUUAUAAAACUCACGGUAAAAGUUACAAGUGGGUUUUUAGUGAGCUUAAUUUGCGGGCGAUAAUCUGCACUAUAGUAGUAGGAAGGGCUAGGAUGCUACAAUUUCUGAUGUCACUUUGUAAAUAUCGUUCGCGUUCGCACUAUCAGUAUCUUGUGAUAUAAUUUAUGUACGUCGAAUUUUGAACUGUCGUAUAGUCGCUUCUUUUUUUUUAUGUAAUUUUUAACAAAAGUCUAAUAAAGUGGUCCUGGACUUGCGGCUACAUUGUA